UUUUGGAUAUCUAAGAUGGUUACUUUAGUGAUUUUGAAAUCAUUCUUUUUAUUAGCUGAAGCCUUCUCAGCCUCCUUCCCAAUGCUGGAAGGAGGAGGUUAGAAAGAAAGAUUCUAGAGGCAAUGAUAUUCAAAGAGUAGAGAAGUAAUCAAGUAUGAGAAUAACCGAAGAGAUUGCCUUCCUAUCCCAAGCUACCAAAGGAGUCCUCCAAAGCUUUGAAAAAGCCUUCCUUUGUCUCCUUACAGAAGAACGGAGAUCAUGUCUAGCUGAGUACAAACUCCUCUUGUCUCAGAUUUGAAAUGUAGCUUAGGAAGAGAUUCAAAAAGUUGGGUGCUUUCUUCUUGCACAAUCUUCCACUUUUAUUUUCAAUUAUUCUGAUUUAAUUGAGAUGAUGCUUUUGGUGAUAAAAGCAAGGAGCAGGCUAAUGAGCAUAAGAAAGAAUCAACAAUACCUAAAGAAAAAUCUACAAAAGAAGAAGUCAAAGAAGACCCUGCGAGGCAAUUUUUUGAUUUUGGGACAUAAAAAGUAGGAUUUCCUAUGUCAGAAAUACAUAAACUCGGUUCAAUUUUAUGAAAAUAUC